AUGCAUCGAAGAAUCAUAGUCUGUUUGGACGGUACAUGGGAGACACCACAAGAAAAGACAAAUGUUUAUAGAUUUUACAACAAUAUCAGCAUUGAUAAUGCAACCGAUGGCUGGGAAUACAUUACUGGAUACUAUCCUGGCUUGGGCACUAAUGGAAACUUUCCUUUGCUAGGUGGCAUCUUUGGCUAUGGUAUCAGUGAGCAGAUAAUCAAUGCCUAUGAGUUUAUAUGCAAGAACUACAAAGCUUUGCAUGAUGAGCUUUGGCUGGUAGGCUUUAGUAGAGGAGCAUAUGCUGCAAGAAGCUUGUCAGGUAUGAUCUACAAUGUAGGCUUAUUACCAAAGGACAGUCUGUCAAAGUCCAAGCAAGCAUACGAUCUGUAUCGAGAUAGAUGCGAUGCCAGCAGACCUAUGAAUGAACUUGCCCUCAAAUUUAGACAGGACAAUCAAUGCAGAAUGCCAAUGAUCCACUUUUUGGGCUGCUUUGACACAGUUGGUGCUCUUGGUGUGCCCAAACUGCCUUGGUAUUUAGGUGGGUCUAUCUUCUACAGUGUGUUCCUCGGUCUGCAUGGCUUCCAUGACACCAAACUGACACCUAUUGUAAGAAACGCUUAUCAUGCCAUUUCCAUCCAUGAUCAACGUGCUUGGUUCAGCCCCACUCUGAUGCACUUUUCAGAGGUCGCCCCUGAUCAUCAUCAAUCAUUGGAACAAACCUGGUUUCCUGGUAUGCAUGGUGAUGUGGGCGGUCAAGAAGUAGGCGCUUACAAUAACUUGCUCUCAUGCCAUUCUUUGCAUUGGAUGAUGGAUAGAGCCAGAAAGAAUGGGCUCAAGUUUAAAAACAAUAAAGCAACUUGCAGCUCUGCAGAUCAUCACUUUAUCUACGAGGAUAGCUAUAAAGGCUCAAUCAUCUAUAAGCUCAUGCCUCGACAAGAUAGAGUAAUUGAAAAGGACCAAGUGGCACAUCACUAUACACUAUCGCAAUUGUAUGAAAAUGGCGAGUUCUUGAAUUAUAUGACUCAAGAGCAGUUAAAUAUGUAUAAAUCAAAGACAUUAGAAGAGUUUUAUAAGAAAUACAAUGAGCAAUAA